AUGCCCAAAAGAGGUCAGAAAAGUGCUGUCAGUUUACUGGAGAAACUUGAACAAACAGAGGUGAAGGACAACCAAGAGAAGGUCGAGAUCAGUGAGCCCGAUGGACCCUCAGUGCCAGAUGUUCCAUCAGUGCCAGGUCUACCCUCAGUGCCAGAUCUACCCUCGGUACUGGGUCUACCAUCGGUGCCAGAUCUACCCUCGGUACCAGGUCUGCAGGAGAGAAGCCAAUCAAGGGAGAGACUGAAAUCUGGCAAAGUGAGGAAAAAUCUUUCCUUUCUUGGUGAAGCAAGUCUCCCACUUGGUGACAGAUCAGGGGAGGUCACUCUGGAUGGUUUGAGUGAUGGUGAAGAUAGAUCUGUUGAGUCGGGACAGAUGAGACAAGACAUUUCUCAUGGAAGAGCAGUCAACAUUCUGAGAUUACCAUCAUUCAGUGAAGACACUGAGUCGAUCCUGACUAGAAAUCUGUCUCCACAGUUUGUCCCCAACCCCCCUGAUUCCACCCAUCUAUCCGACAGCUACUGUGGCCCCCCUGCCACUCCUAUGACCCCAGACUCUCCCCUAGGGGAGGUAUCAUUCUCGCCCCGCCCACAGCCGAUAAUGACGCCCGAGUCUGUUAAUGUUGUCCUCCCACAGGUCAUCCAUGAUGAAGAUGACCUUGACAUUAGAUCAUACAUGGGGGAGUCGGACUCGGGGAUGGACAGCGAGUUCAUCUCGGUGUCGCAGCGAGGGAUGUACCUGACGGAGACGGAGAUCUCGGAGUGGGAGGAGGAGGAGAGGGUCAUCAUGGCGGGGAUGCUGAGUGACCCGGGGAAGAUCAGCCUGAAGCAGAGGCCUGCUUCCUCCUUUAUUGACCGUCCAGAAUAUGUGCAAGAUUCACGUUUUUAGCAAAACCAGGCCCCACACAGCAGCUAACGACCACUUCACUACAGAGGAUCUACAGGCGGCGUUCAAUGCUGCCAUGCACAAGUAUCAGAGAACUCCGGG